AUCUCCGAGGACUUCCUCACCAACGGCUAGUGGGCGGGCCCUUUUUCCAAUCCUCACCUCUCAUUGGCCACACGUGCAAAUCCAUCAACCUACUUCCGACAAGUUUUGAUUCCCCGGAUGUGAUGUAACAGCUGUUCAGACUUGUCGGAAGUUACAAACCGAGUAGCAAAGUGAGCGCUAAUAAGUGUUUCAGACACAACAUUUGUGCUAUUUUGUAAUUUUUCACAGAGAUGGCUUAUCCAGGAUACGGCGGGUACGGGGCUCAGAUGCCGGGCAUGCCAGCACAAGGGAUGCCCCAUGGAAUGCCAGGAGGACACAUGGGAGGCCAGAUGCCCGGGCACAUGGGUGGACCACACAUGGGAGGUGCACCACCUCAGGGAGGAUACGCCCAGUAUGGAGGGGGGUAUCCAGGCGGCAUGCACGGGUAUGGAGCUCAAGCCCCUGCUGCAAACGAUCCAAUGUGGGGAUACUUCACCAACAUAGCCGGCCAGGACGGCGAGGUCGAUGCAGAGGAGCUCCAGAGGUGUCUGACCCAGUCUGGUUUCACUGGCAGCUACUCUCCCUUCAGCCUGGAGACGUGCCGCAUCAUGAUCGCCAUGCUGGACAGGGACUUUACGGGGAAGAUGGGGUUCAGUGAGUUCAAGGACCUGUUCCAGGCUCUGAACGGCUGGAAGCAGAACUUCCAGAUGUUUGACCGUGACCGCAGCGGGACCGUGGAACCUCACGAGAUGAAUCAGGCAGUCAACGCCAUGGGUUACCGCAUCAGUCCUCAGGCUCUGAACACCAUCGUCAAGCGCUACAACAAAGGGGGCAGGAUCUUCUUUGACGACUACGUGGCCUGCUGUGUCAAACUGAGAGCUCUCACAGACAACUUCAGGCGGAGAGACACCAUGCAGCAGGGAGCCGUCACCUUCCAGUAUGAUGAUUUCAUCAUGUGCACGAUGGCCAUCUAACACACCACAAGACCAGGGUGUUCAACGAACCAAUCAGAGGUGGAUUCUGGCCCACCGCCUCAGAGGAAUGCAAAGGGAGGCCAGUAUGUUGGACUGAGCUGCUCUAGGAAAGUACCCAGCGCUUGUAAUGCUAAAUGUAAUGCUUUAGUGUCUGACACACACACACACACACACACACACACACACCACACACACACACACACACACACACACACACACACACACACACACACACACACACACACAUAUAUACUAAUAUAUGUACAAAUGCAUUGUGUAUCCAAAUUGGAGGGGGAAUGAUCCACUUCAGGGACUUUAAAGACCUUCUGAGUAGGAUUUCUGCCUUCAAAAUAAAAGUCAGGGAUGAUUAGUGUGAGAAUGAUUUUUGAAACAAGGAUGAAACUCCACACGGGGGCUUUAAGGAGGGAGGGCUGUGGAUCUCAGUGGAACAAUGUAGGUAUGAAGCUUUGCCAGAUUGACUUUAAUGCUUUGUAUCAAGUGAAACUGAAAGGAUGAUUAAACCAGUGAUACACCUCUGUGCCAUUAUACUCUCUGAAUGUAUCGUCUAAUAUAUUAGAAGAAUAGAACUGUAUAGUCAUUUAUAGGCAGCAUGUAUGAGUAACAUUUUGUACACUGAAUUUCAUAUGAUCAUGAACUUUGUCAAAGCCAGUACUUGGUCUCACAAGCAUUAUUUGUAAUAGUGAUAUUUUUUUGUUCACCUGUUUUAUAAACCUUGUAUUGAACCUCACAUUAUAGAUACAUAUUAGCUUCAUAUUUACCAUGCUAACACACCAAAGUGACUGUGAGCCGGUAUAAAACCACACUGAUGCCUGUUAUUAAUACAUACUGAUCUCUUUGUUCCCCAUGUCUUCAUGCAAACACAGCUGCUUUGAAAGAUUACAGUGAUCUCCACCUCUGCACAUAACCCAUGUUGUCGUACAGAUCAUAUUUUGUUACUCAUAAUAAACACUUUUUAAACCA